AUGAGGGAUGGUGUAAAGAUUGCCUGUGAUUUGUAUUUACCUUAUAGAGCAGUGAAUGAAAAUCAUAGAUUACCAACUCUUUUGCAUAUUACUAGAUAUAAUAGAUCAUUUAAAGUGAAUUUUCCAUUCAAUUACUUGUUUGGAGAAAAGCUCAGUAUUAGAGGCAUUCCAUUCAAGAAGUUUGUUGCCAGAGGAUAUGCUGUGGUUUCAUGUGAUACUAGAGGUACUGGUGCAAGUUUUGGAAGUCGUCCUUAUGAUUUUCAUAGAGAUGAAGUUCAAGAUUUUGGAGAAAUUAUGGAUUGGGUUGUAAAGCAAAAAUUCAGUAAUGGAAAGAUUGUAUCAACAGGUAUUUCGUAUGAUGGAAUGGUUAGUGAUUUCUUAGUUUCAUUGAAUCACAAGAGUUUGGUUGCAGUUGCAUCAGUAAGCUCUCCAUUCGAUCUCUAUAGAGAUAUCAUUUAUCCUGGAGGUCUUUAUCAAAAAUCAUUUAUUGACCAUUAUUUGAAAUUUACUCAACAUGUCGAAAAGUUUGGAGUUGCACCACAAAGAGAUAAUAUCUGUCCAGGAUGUGAACCUGACUCUUGA